UUCGUUUCUGCGAUCGCUGAGUAUGAAUUAUUAAAGUUCGAAAUCAUUCUACCUCUUUCUCUCUACUUUGCUACAUAGCAUUUAUUUUUGAGAAAGAUCAGUCUUUAUCCAGACGGUUAUACUUACGGAACUCAAAUUGAUUAACUCGCUGAGAUUUUUCUUUUUUUUUCGAAAAAACCAAUCGCAGAAAUUUCUAUUUCGUUCUAUCUUCUAAACUGUUUGUUUCUUGUCUUCGAUAUCUACAAAUAAUCGUGGAAAAGAGAUAAUCGCAAUUUUAAUCAAGACACUUGCUAAUUCCUUAGGGAUUCUUAUAAUCGCUUAACAACGAGCAUUCCUGGGAUCUCAGAGCUGUGAAACAGUUUUCAAAAGAGAAAAAGAAAAAUAAAAAUAAUGGUUACGACACCAUCGAUACCGGAAUGGUUUCGAAAGAGAAACGUCCUUAUUACCGGGGCUACUGGAUUCCUCGGAAAAGUUCUAAUUUACAAAUUGUUAAUGAGCUGUCCUGAUAUUGGCAAUAUUUUCUUGAUAAUUAGAGGAAAGAAAGGAAUCGAUUCGCAAUUCAGAUUGAAAGUCAUCAUCGAGCAAGAACCAUUUAGAGUGCUCCGAGAAAAGUAUCCCGAAAGAUUGAAGAAACUUGUAGUGGUGCCUGGAGAAAUAACUGAAGAUGGAUUGGCUUUGAUUGCUUCUGAUAAUGAACGAAUUAUGAAAGAGAUAUCGGUAGUCUUUCAUACUGCUGCGAACGUUAAAUUCGAUCUUCCAUUGAAAACCGCAAUCAACAUGAAUACGAAGGGUACCAUGAAUAUCCUAGCGUUAGCUAAAGAGAUGCCACAUCUUGAGUCUUUCAUACACAUAUCCACAUCUUAUUGUCAGUGUGGUGAGGCAGUAUUAGAGGAACGUGCCUAUCCAACAGCAGUUUCACCUGAAAGUAUUAUAUCCAUGGUUAAUACUAUACCUGAUAACGUAUUAAACGCUAUGACACCGAAACUGCUGGAUAAACAACCGAAUACUUAUGCGUUUAGCAAAUCUCUCAGCGAGGAUCUUUUAUAUAGAUCUAAUUUGCCUGCUGGAAUCGCUCGUCCGUCGAUAGUCAUAGCAUCAUGGAAAGAACCGACACCCGGUUGGAUCGACAAUAUCAAUGGUCCAACUGGAUUGAUGAUUGGAGCAGGAAAGGGUGUCAUACGGACGAUGCUAUGCAACCCGAAUUACUUGACCGAUUUAAUGCCUUGCGAUAUAGCUGUUAACUCCAUUAUUGCCUUGGCCUGGCACGUUGGUUUGGAAAAACCUGAGAAACCAAUUUUCAUGAAUGUCACGGAAAGUGGAGAAAAUCCUAUAUCUUGGGGCAGCGCUUUGGAAAUUGGAAAGAAACAUACUCUGAAGAAUCCAUUUUCGGGACCACUUUGGUAUCCAGGUGGAAGAAUAACUUCAUCAAAAAUCUUACAUUGGUUCACUAUGUUAUUUUUACAUUUUAUACCAGCAUAUUUUUUAGACACUAUAAUCGUUUUAACUGGAAACGAGCCGUUUUUAGUGAAAGUCCAACAAAGAAUCACGUAUGGUUUAGAAUUAUUACAAUAUUAUACAACUAAAGAAUGGGUAUUCCGGAACGAAGUAAAGAAAGAUUUGGAAGAACGUCUUUGCUCCUCGGAUAAAGAAAUUUUCUUCAUGGAUACUAAAGCAUUAUCUUGGGAUGAAUAUCUAUUAAAUUAUAUUUUGGGAACAAGAAAGUAUUACCUAAAGGACGAUCUUUCAACUUUACCUCGUGCAAGACAAGACAUUAUAAAAAUAUUAAAAAUCGUAAUGGCGGAAACAAAAAUAGAUAAUUUACCGGACAGGAUAGAGCAGACUUUUCGAGGUCAAAACAUCCUUAUUACCGGAGGCACUGGAUUUCUUGGGAAAGUGAUGCUCGAAAAAUUUUUACGUUGUUUACCAGGAAUAACACAGAUCUUUAUGCUCGUUAGACCUAAAAAGGAUAAAGAACCUAAGGAUCGUUUAAAUGAGAUCUUGGAGAGUCCGAUAUUCGAUCAAAUUCGUGAACAAAGAGGAUUGGAAACAUUGCACAAUACGGUGAUGGCGAUAAAAGGAGAUAUUAUGUUACCAGAACUUGGCAUUUCAGCAGAGGAUAGAAAAAUGUUGAUUGACAAAGUUACUAUUAUUUAUCAUGCGGCAGCAACAGUGAGAUUCGAUGAGAUGUUAAAGAAAGCGGUAUUAUUGAAUACACGUGGUACGAAACAAAUGUUGGAUUUGGCCAAGGAAAUGAAGAAUUUGUUAUUUUUCGGUCACAUUAGUACAUCUUAUUGUCACCUUGAUCAAAAAUUAUUGGAAGAAAAGCUGUAUCCACCUCCAGCGGAUCCACAUAAGGUAAUAACAUGUAUCGAAUGGAUGGACGAUGAAAUAGUGAAUACCAUAACACAUAAGAUAUUAGGUAAAAUACCAAAUACUUAUGCCUUUACGAAAGCUCUGUCCGAAAGGAUUAUUGAAGAAGCUAUGCCAUACAUUCCGAUAGUUCUAUUAAGACCAAGUGUGAUUAUACCUAUUUGGAAAGAACCACUUCCAGGAUGGACAGAUAAUAUUAAUGGUCCUACAGGACUUUUAAUCGGUGCUGGAAAAGGUGUAAUUAGGAGCAUGUAUUGCAAUGAAAAUAGUUAUGCCGAUUAUGUUCCUGUCGAUAUAUUGGUCAAUGCUAUUCUUGCUUGCACAUGGAAUUAUAUUUAUUUCAAAGAUCAUGAUAAGAGAAUAUACAAUCUUACCAGUAGUAGCGAUUUCAAGGUUUCGUGGGGUGAAAUCAUAGAGAUUGGUCGUCGAGUAAUAGAGAAAAUACCUUUAAAUGGUGUUGUUUGGUACCCAGGUGGCAGUAUGAAAAAAUCACGUCUUCAUCAUGAUAUUUGUGUAUUCUUAUUUCACACGAUUCCAGCUUACUUGAUUGAUACAAUCAUAUUUCUUGCGGGUUACGAACCAAUCAUGUGUAGAGUUCAACGUCGCAUACAAAAAGGAUUCGAUGUGUUGGAAUACUAUGCCAAUAACCAAUGGGAUUUUGUUAAUGCAAAUAUAAAGGAAGUGAGAGAUAAAUUUAAUGCCAGAGAAUAUAAUAAAUAUUACUUACACGGAGACGACAUAGACUUGUACGAAUAUUUUGAAACUUGUAUACAAGCUGCAAGAAUUUAUAUUUUAAAAGAACUUCCAGAAACUUUACCGGCAGCUCGUCGGCACAUUAGAAUAAUGUAUUGGGUAGACAUAUUUACGAAGAUACUUUUAUUUGCACUUCUGAUAUACGUACUGUUUUCAUGGAUCGGUAGCUUCAAAGCAUUUUUUAACGAAAGCUGGACUGGAGUCACGAAAAUAUUACCUUUAUAAUUAUACAUAUUCCCAGUUUAUAAUUAUUUUUUUAUAAUUCUAUACGUGAUUAAAUAAAAUUUCACUUAUUUCUGCUGUAAUUUCCAUGAAUAUCAAUUAUUUAAAAAAUAUAGAUUAAUAAAAAAUAUGUUUUCAAAUAAGACAAAAAAAAAAACAUUUUUU